AUGACUGAAUACGAAUCUUGUAUUCUUGGUUUGAAAAUGGCCAUUGACAUCAAUGUUUACGAGUUAUUGGUUAUUGGAGACUCAGACCUUUUGAUUUAUCAGGUUCAAGGUGAAUGGGCCGUGAAGAACCCGAAAAUUAUACCUUACGUACAGUAUGUGCAAAAUUUGUGUAAAGUGUUUCGCAAGAUCGAGUUCAGACAUACUCCCAGAAUACAGAAUGAAUUAACCGACACUUUUGCCACCAUCGCUUCGAUGAUCAAACAUCCCGAUACUGAUUACAUUGACUCGCUGGAUAUAGAGUUGAAGGAACACCCAGUCCAUUGUUCACUCGUCGAAUCGGAACCAGAUGGUUUGCCUUGGUAUUUUGAUAUAAAGAGGUACUUGGAGUCUGGGACAUAUCCAGAAGACGCUACAUCUAAUCAGAAGAAGUUGAUACGCCGUAUAGCUCUCAAUUUCUUUCUAAAUGGAGAAGUCUUGUAUAGGAGGACUCCAGAUUUGGGUCUUUUAAGAUGUGUAGAUGCUGCUGAAGUUGUGAGGCUUAUUGAACAGAUACAUGCGGGAAUUUGCGGUACACACAUGAGUGGGCUUACUUUGGUAAGAAAGGUUCUUCGAGCCGAUUAUUUCUGGAUGAUAUGGAGAAUGACUGUUGCUAAUUCGUGCAAAAAUGCCACAAAUGUCAAGUGCACGGCGAUUUGA